CCCCCCCCCCCCCCUUUGAAUUUAUUCCUUCUUCGUCGUCUUCGUCUCACAUCCACCCCAAAUCUCUAGGGCUCUGCUCAUCAUCCCAUUUCCCAAUCCUCACAGAUCCAGAGGAAACUUGAUGGCUUCUUCAUACACUCCCAAGAACAUUCUAAUCACCGGAGCAGCCGGUUUCAUCGCCUCGCACGUCGCCAACAGGCUCAUCCGAACCUACCCCGACUACAAGAUCGUCGUCCUCGACAAGCUCGACUACUGCUCCAACCUCAAGAACCUCAACCCCUCCAAGCACUCCCCCAACUUCAAGUUCGUCAAGGGCGACAUCGCCAGCGCCGACCUCGUCAACUACCUCCUCCUCACCGAAGGCAUCGACACCAUCAUGCACUUCGCCGCUCAGACUCACGUCGACAACUCCUUCGGCAACAGCUUCGAGUUCACCAAGAACAACAUCUACGGAACGCACGUGCUCCUCGAGGCGUGUAAAGUUACUGGCCAGAUCAGGAGGUUUAUCCACGUGAGCACUGACGAGGUUUACGGCGAGACUGAUGAGGAUGCUGUUGUUGGUAACCAUGAGGCUUCUCAGCUUCUGCCGACGAAUCCUUACUCCGCUACCAAGGCUGGAGCUGAGAUGCUUGUGAUGGCGUAUGGCAGAUCCUAUGGGCUUCCUGUUAUAACCACGCGUGGUAAUAAUGUUUAUGGGCCUAACCAGUUUCCGGAGAAGCUGAUUCCCAAGUUUAUAUUGCUGGCGAUGAGGGGGAAGGUUCUUCCUAUUCAUGGAGAUGGGAGUAAUGUUCGUAGCUAUCUUUACUGUGAAGACGUUGCUGAGGCCUUUGAGGUUAUUCUUCACAAGGGGGAAGUGGGCCAUGUUUAUAAUAUUGGUACUAAGAAGGAGAGGAGGGUGAAUGAUGUUGCUCAAGAUAUCUGCAAGCUCUUUAAUAUGGACCCUGAGGCAAACAUCAAGUUUGUGGACAACAGACCUUUUAACGACCAGAGGUACUUUUUAGAUGAUGAGAAGCUUAAGAUCUUGGGAUGGUCGGAGAGGACCACUUGGGAAGAAGGGUUGAAGAAGACGAUGGAGUGGUACACGCAGAACCCGGAUUGGUGGGGUGAUGUUUCUGGAGCGUUGCUUCCCCACCCGAGGAUGCUGGUGAUGCCUGGUGGGAGACACUUUGAUGGGUCUGAAGAGAACUCUGGAUCAGUCGCUUUGUCUGGAAACUCAAGCCAGAGCCAGAUGGUGGUCCCGACACCAAGAAGCAGUGGCGCCACUCAGAACCCUUCACUGAAAUUCUUGAUAUAUGGUAAGACAGGAUGGAUUGGGGGAUUGCUUGGGCAGAUUUGUGAGAAGCAGGGAAUCGCUUUUGAGUAUGGGAAAGGGCGGCUUGAGGAUCGGUCAUCCCUCUUGCAAGAUAUUCUGAAUGUUAAGCCUACCCAUGUCUUCAAUGCUGCUGGUGUGACAGGGAGACCCAAUGUCGACUGGUGCGAGUCUCACAAAACAGAGACAAUCCGUGCCAAUGUUGCAGGCACUUUGACUCUGGCUGAUGUCUGCAGAGAGCACAGCCUCCUGUUGAUGAACUUUGCUACAGGUUGUAUAUUCGAGUACGACGAAAACCAUCCGCUAGGUUCAGGCAUUGGCUUCAAAGAAGAAGACACACCAAACUUCACUGGUUCUUUCUACUCAAAAACCAAAGCCAUGGUUGAGGAACUGCUUAAGGAGUUUGAUAACGUAUGCACACUAAGGGUUAGGAUGCCGAUCUCCUCUGAUCUCAACAACCCGAGAAACUUCAUCACCAAGAUUUCCCGGUACAGCAAAGUAGUGAACAUCCCAAACAGCAUGACCGUGCUGGACGAGCUUCUUCCAAUCUCGAUAGAGAUGGCGAAAAGAAACCUGAAAGGGAUUUGGAACUUCACCAACCCUGGUGUCGUGAGUCACAAUGAGGUCCUGGAGAUGUACAGAGACUACAUUGACUCAGACUUCAAAUGGGCGAACUUCACACUAGAGGAGCAAGCUAAGGUCAUCGUGGCUCCAAGAAGCAACAACGAGAUGGACGCAUCUAAGCUCAAGAAAGAGUUCCCUGAAUUACUCUCAAUCAAGGAGUCUCUGAUCAAAUAUGCAUUUGAGUCCAACAAGAGAACUUGAGAAAAGAUAGGUACACCAAAGAAAAUGAGAAAUCCACUAAGGUCAUGCUCCUACAUUUCAGAGCAGUGGACUCCUCUUAUUAUGCACAAAAUAAUUAAACAAAAGACUUGGACGAAACGAUUAGAGUUUCUCUUCUUGGAGUGUUUCAAAUUCGCGUUUCCAUUGCGAGUCUCUGAUGUAAUUCACUAUUAGAAACUGUGUUAGCCAUUGUUGUUGUAUCUGCAAUUGCAAGCUUGUGGAGCAAAUCCACUACAUCUUGAGUUGAGUCAAUGACAUAGCGAGCUUUUGAGCGA